UGUAGCUGGUCUCUCGCCUUUAUAAACUGGAGGACAUCUCCUUAGAUUACCAACACACCUCACCAAGGGGUCUGUGGGAUUCUGAAACUGAGAAAACAUUGAGGGCUUUGAUUCAGUAGCACAUUUGGUAUUUUCAGAUGGCCACUCCUAAAGUUUAAAUUUGAUUUAACAUUUAAUUCAGAUCUUGCACUGCUCACCCGUCAUAACACCCCACUGGUACCUGGGAGUUUCAUUUCAGUUCUCACUGGCUUCAGGAUGAGACGGCACAUCCAUCUCUGCUUGAUGGUCACAUUGCUGAGAUCUCUGUGCCAUGCGAUACCCACUCCUCCUUCUCCACCACCACCACCUCGACUGGGAAGAACUGCCAAGCCCAGUGGGGAGCCUCGGACAGCCCUGACAGAAGAUGUGAAUAUCUUGAUGUAUGGAGUGCUGCAGUUCAGCCAGGGCCUUCAUGAUGUCUACCAAAGCACGAGCAGUAAGCUCACCCGCAUCUGGCACAAGCAGGACAUCAAUGAUUUGCGAGUGGGUGCACUGCAGCAAAAGCUGGCAGAGUCUCAAAAUGCCGUGGUGGCACUGGAAUCAAAAGUUUAUCAGCUAAAGCAGGAAGAGAUACAGCUAAGCAGUCAAACGACAGAAACGAAGAAGCUCUUUCAAGAUAUGGCCUACAACCAACGGGUACUGCAGGGCCAGGUGGCCAAUCUGGAGAACGUGUUGGAUGGCAUGGAGGAGGUCAGGUGGCAGUCUGGAAGGCAGCAGAUCGCCAAGCUCAAGGAGCUCAGUGAGUCACACAGCCUCCUGCUCCAGCAUCUCCAGCUUCUACUCAGUAGGCAGCAGGACCAGCUGAGGGAACAGAGAAGGAAGCUGCUCAGGAUAAAAGAGAAUCACUUGUGAAGAGCACCUGGACAGUAAGAGGCAGUGGUCAGCAUCACAACCAGCUUGCCCACUGGGCAAUUGUGAUUUGUUUCCAUGCCGCUCCCCAGCUGACAACACAUUGGCUACCUUUCCAGAUGUCUCCUGGCUUCUUAAGCAGUAAGAAGAGAAAAAGGACCGUCAGCAUUGUCAUCAGGAUGGCGCCUACGAGCAGAACACAGGUAACUUGAGAGGAAAAGGAGGAAUGAAUGAGCAGGACUUAACCAGGGAGAUGAACAAGGGUCAAAGACCCCAAACAGGUUGAGGUUUCCCUGGGCUGCACUCUUAAUGGGACUGCUAUGAAACUUUUGCUUAUUUUACUUGUACUGUAUGUGUUUACAUUUAUGAUUGUUAAAUUAUUACAGCCUACAAUAAAAAUAAAGUUUG